AUCAAACGUGGUUUGUUUGGUGCGCAGACGUCACCGGCGGGUUAGCUGCACGCUCUUAUGGACGCACGUGCUCGUAAAACAUUGAGGUAAUGGGUAAGAGGGUGCGAUCAAGCAGUUCAAGUGAAGAACCAUGUGCGAAGUUGAAGUACUUAGUUCACAAAGUCAAGUUUUUCAAGCCUGCACCAAAGGCCAUCACCGUUAUGGCCUAUGACCAUGUGGCUGAAAAGCUAGCUGUGGUAAGGUCUGACUUUUCUAUUGAAAUUUGGAGCUUCAAGUUCACGCCAUGUGUCGAAGGGGUGAUACUUGCCAAUCCAGACAAUUCUGUGGAAGCAGCGGUGUGGCACAAUGGGAGGCUGUUCACCACAGGCCUGCAUGGUCGUAUUGUAGAAUAUGAUCUUGUUUCAUUUGAGCAAAAGUACUCCAUUGCAGUAACAUCAGGAGCUGCCUGGUGCUUAGCCGAGGAUCGUCAGAAAACGAGACUUGCUGCUGGUACAGAAGAAGGCCGUGUGUGUAUCUACGAGGUGACAGAAGAUGGUCUUAAUUUCCAGAAGAUGUUAAACAAGCAAGAAAGUCGUAUAAUGUGCUUAGCUUGGAACAAAGAUGGGAACAUCAUAGUUUCUGGGUCACCAGGUGCUAUUGUCAUCUGGGAUGUCAACACAGGCCGAGCUGUGGAUAGAAUUUCAGUAGGAAGGAUUGAGAAAAACCAGGAAGCGUUAGUGUUGUGUCUGGCAGUAACAAGCGACUUCACAAUAAUCACAGGAGACUCUUAUGGAAGGACAUCAUUCUGGGAUGGACAAACUGCAACAUUGAUAUCUAGCUUUAAAGCACACAAAGCUGAUGUUCUGGCACUUUGUUUAAGUGAGGAUGAAAAAGAUGUUUUUGUAUCUGGUGUGGACCCAUUGCUUGUGAAGUUUACCAGGAUAGGUCACACACAGAAUUGGGCCAAUUCAAUGCAGAAAACAUGCCACAAGCUAGAUGUUCAAGCACUUGCCUUUGCCAAAGGACAGCUUCUGUCUGGGGGGUGCGACACUUCCUUAGCUGUGUCAACAGAGACGUCACUUGUGACACAUUGUCCACUCCAGUCCUCAUCGGUACAAGUGGCAGCAUCAAGUGGCUGUGUCCUGCUCAACUAUGGAGAGCAGUUGGAGCUGUGGCGCCUGGACUGUGCUACAAGUAAAGAAGGUCCCUCCAAGACUUCGGCAAUAUGUUCAAAACCUGAGCUGCUUGUUCGAGUGAAGGCACGGAAUGGGGCUACCUACCACACAGCUGCUGUGUCGCAUGACCAUUGCUGGUUGGCUUGCUCAGAUGCCGGCAAAGCUCGGCUCUAUCAAAUUAGCGAGGUUAGUGGGUCUAGCCUUGACUGCAACAAGGUAUCCACCUUUAAUGAACAGAUGGGCCCUGCCAAGAAACUGAUGUUCAGUCCUGAUGGCUCAUAUUUGGUGGCACUGAGUUCUCGUGGAAGUGUGCACGUGUUCAGCAUGCCACCCAGGCACCUCUACACCCUUCCGUCCAGAAAAGGUGGUGCAAUGUGCCCUUACAUGGUAUCUGUGUCACUUGAACAUCUUGCUGUUGCUGACAGUGAAGGUAUACACAUCUAUAACUUGAAGACAUCUGAGGUUCUUUGCAACCUUCCUGAAGCUCCAUGCCUGCCAACAGCAAUGAGGUUCAACCCAAAAUCUGGCGACCUACUGGUCAUUUAUAGCAACAACCAGGUUAUAGAAUACAACAUAAACAGCGAGUCAUCAAGUCAGUGGUGUCAAGUUGCAUAUCAACAUGGUGGGCUUGCACUUGAAACAUCGAAACCAUUGACAGGCAUUGCAUUUGAUGCCCGGAAUGAAGACAUUUUCUUUGCCUACAGUGACCAGGAGCUGUUUAUUGUUGAUAAGGCAAAGGCUCUCAAAACAGGCUUCAGAAGUAAUGCUGUACGAAGAAAAAAGUUACAGUGGCUGACACUCUUUGAUCAGGUGCAAGAUGAGAUGCUGGUUGUAGAAGUGUCCCCGGAACACCUUGGAGGCUUGCCGCCACCACUGUGGAAAAAGAAAUAUGGCACUUGAGCGAAAAUGAUGGCCAUUGUAGGAACAUUUUAAUGUAAAUAAAAACACAUGACAAGCACUUGUGAUUAAACAUGCGCAUUGCAAGCCAGUAACAGUUGGUGCAAGAUGAAAAGUGGCUUGAAUAGAGCAUUUUAUGGAGAAAGCAUUUGAGAGAGAGGAAGAUGGUGAUUAUAAAUGCCCGUGUGUGUGUGCUGCUCUGUAUUGCAACACUUUCAAUUGUUUGCAAAGGAUGAUGCCAGCAUACCCAGUGUAGAAUGAAAAUCAUGGCUACAUUGUCCAGUGUAAUCCAAUCAGCUUUGUCACUGCCGUCGUAUAUAUAAAGGUGAAAAUUCACAUUUUCCUGAAUGAUGAGAGAUACACAUUGGCACUGAACAAGGAUUUAAACACUCUUGUUGGCUUCCUGUAUGACAGCCAAGCAGGCUUUGUUCUUUGAAAACAUAAUUGCAGAGUGCCACAUUUCAGAUGUGCAGGUACAACCAUGAUGUGUCUUUGUUUUUAUGAUAUUUCAAGAGCUUCUUUAGAGCCUGAAAAAAAGAG